ACUCAACCCAUAUGAAAAAAGAUCGCCAUAAUUACAUAUUUUCAAAUAAACCCAAAUAUUCCUCUGCACAUCAAAAGAGAAAAAAAAGGGGAGAAACUUGUUGUAGCAGUUGAGCAAGAAAAAAAAGAGACAGAACAACGAAUCCAACAUCACAAACAACAAAACACAAACUGUGUGGUGUUGUUAUGUCAUUGGUAUUCUUCUUCUUUCUAGCUUCUUGAUCCCAGAAAAUGGCUCUGAGCAAUGUCUCUUCCGAAGAGUUUAGCUUUCCGUUGCUCGCUUCCCAAGACUCUUCCCACUUUUCCGGCGGCACCGAUUCACCUCCACUGUGGAAACACUCGCAGGAGAAUCUCCGUCGUGGAGAUCGCGACAGAGGUUUUGCGAAGGAAGAUGGUAACGAUCAGACGAAGAGCUUCUCUUACGUGGAGAGGAAAAGUCUUUGGAGUGAUGAAACAGAGGAGAAAAUGGAUAUCUUGUGGGAAGUUCUCAACGAAGAGCUGCCACCGAGAAGCCAGAGUCUUAGGAUCGAGUUCGGCGGAGACCGCGGGGAGAAGAAAGCGUCUUUGUUUUCCGACGAGAGCCCUGCCGUGGCCGUUGGGGGCGGCAUGAAGUUAACGAAGAAGAAGAUGAGUCCUAACGUGUUCGUGUUAAUGAGGGUUUUGAAGAAGCUUCUUGUUCUGCGGAGUUCAUCUCGGAGAUCGCCGGCGAAAACUCAUCCACGGUGAUCUCACCGUUAUAUUUGAGGGGUGUUUUGGUAGAAAUCAAAAGUUACGGGGCUUUUAUGGAGAAAGAAGCUAUAAUUGUCUUUAAAACAAAAGUUUGCAUUUGUAGUGUGGGUGGUUCACAACAAUUAACUUUAGGUCCCUGAAUUUGAAGAACAUAGUUGGAUUUUGAAGAGUCUUUUUGCUACUUGUUUCUUGUCUUUUUCUUUUGUUUAUUGCGUGGGGUUUGAUCUGAAUAUGUAUGAAUUUUAUAAGGUGAAAAAUGAAAAAAGGGCAA